UGCGUGCCACCACUCGCUCACCCCCUGCCGCCAUGGGCAGCGUGGGCAGCCUCCUGCCCGCCCGGCCUCGCCACGACUGCACAAGUGAUGGGGACCCCUCCGCUGCCUCCUUCUGCAAGCAGGGGGGGCUACUCCGGGCCACGCCUGAGGAGCCCCGUGUGUCUGUGCCCGGUGUCAGCCACUCCUAUGCCAAUGGGGGCUUCUGUGGCGACUGGCUUGAUGCCUCCUCCCCUGCCAGCCCCUGUAGUGACUCAGAUGAUCUCCGUGAUGACCAAGCACCAAGUGAUCACCUUCGGGGGCCGCCCCCCAAGCUUGUACCCGUCUCUGGCAAGCUGGAAGAGAAUGUGGAAAAGACCCUGAUCCGCCCCAUGGCCUUCAAGCCAGUGGUAUCCAAGCUUCGGAAUGCCCAGCCAGGCACGCGCCUGGGGCUCUCGGAGAGCCAGGUGAGCCUCACCCACUUGCUGGGUGUUGAGAAGCCUGGCUCUCUGAGCUGCCGUGCCAGCACCCUCUCGGACUCGGGGCGCAACUCCCUCUCCAGCCUGCCCACCUACAGCACGGGCUGCAGCCAGCACCCAGAGGUGGGUGCCCUGCCGACCACCCCCCACGGCCCCCUCGACCCUCCGGGGGGCUGCCGGCCCUCCAACUCGGACAGCGGGCGCUCAUCCUCCAGCAAGAGCACAGGCUCGCUGAGUGGCCGGGGCCGGCCCUCCUCGGAGAGUGGCUCCUGUGGGCGCUCUCCGCUGCCUGGUGAGGAGGCCAUGCUGGUGCGGGAGCUGGAGGACAAGCUGCGGGAGAGGGAGGCCGAGCUGCAGCUCCUGCGUGACAGCCUGGAUGAAAACGAGGUGGCCAUCUGCCAGGUGUUUGAGGAGAAGCAGCGUCGGUGUGAGCAGGAGCUGGAGGGGCUGCGGCAGCGCUGUGCAGCCCAGGCACGGCAGGCGGCCCAUGCAGCACAUCGGGGGCAGCAGGUCCUGCAGCUCCAGGUGCUGCAGCUGCAGCAGGAGAAGAAGCAGCUGCAGGAGGACUUGACCCAGCUGCUGCAGGAGCGUGAAGUGUUGGAACGUCGCUGUGCCUCCUUCCAGCGGGAGCGCACUGAGCUGGCACCCCGGCUGGAGGAGACCAAGUGGGAGGUGUGCCAGAAGUCAGGGGAGAUCUCUCUGCUGAAGCAGCAGCUGAAGGAAGCACAGGCGGAGCUGGCGCAGCGGGGCGCCGAGCUGCUGGGGCUGCGGGCUCAGCUGCGGGAGGCGCGGGCGCAGCUGCAGGCGGGUGAGCGGCGGGUACAGGGGCUGCAGGAGGCCGCCCGUCUCAAGGCGCUGGAGCUGGAGGUGUGUGCCAACGAACUGCAGCGCCGCAAGAGCGAGGCCGACCUCUUCCGUGCCAAAGCCGGCCGGCUCGAGCAGGAGGUGGUGGGGCUGCGGGAAGCUGCCCACGGUCGAUGCCCACCAGGCACUGGUGAGGGGUGCCCCCCAUCUGGUGAAGGAUGCCUCCCAGCCAGCGAGGAGCUCCGGGGAAGCGUGGGCCUGCGGCGCCAGCUGGAGCGGCUGCGCGCGGAGGUGGCCCUGGAGCGGCGGCGUGGGCAGGAGCAGCGGGAUGCCUUCGAGCAGGAACGUGGCACGUGGCAGGGCGAGAAGGAGCGGGUCAUCCGCUACCAGAAGCAGCUGCAGUACAGCUACAUCCAGAUGUACCGGCGCAACCGGCGGCUCGAACAGCGGCUCCAGCAUCUCCGGCUUCAGGGCGAGGACUCCCUGCUCGAGCCCUGUGACCCACCUGACCCGCCCUUUGAGGAGAUAACAGCCACCGAGAUCUGAGAUGCUGCCUGCCCUUGCCCCAUGCUUGAAGGGCUGAAGGGGCCUCCAGCCCCUGUGAUUUUGGGAGCCGUGAGGCUGUGGGGGACCCCUGCUCUUGCUCUGCUCUGCAAACUGCUGCCACUGUGAAGAGGGGCAGGGGAGACCACAGGCGCUGCCCCCUCCCCAGCACUGAGGUCUUGGGGCAAGGGUGUAUCAGUGCCCACAGUGAGGGGUGCCUGUGAGAAGUGGGGUCAGGUGGAUGCUGAGUCCUGGCCUUGGGGCCGCCCGGAACUGGUUUCUGCUGAUCCUCUUAGCUCCUGGGGAUUAGCAAUGCUGGCUUCAGCCAGGGUCACCUUGGGCAGGGGGAGGGCUGACUUGUCCCCUCCCUCUCAUCCCUGCUGGCACUGUCACCCAGUCACUUGGUGUGUGCCCUGUCUCUGCCCCUGCCAGCAUCCCUCAUGCCCCUUUGUGUGUUUGUCAGGGAAUUUGUUUCUGUGCCAUUUUAAAUAACUCUAUUUUUAUAGGACCUACCGAAACAUAUCACCCUCUCCCAGCUCACACCUCACCAGUCUAUGCCCCCUCACCCCUGCCACAGGGCAGCUUGCCCUCAGUGCCUUUCCCAUGCUCUUGCCCCCAGCAUCCCUCUGUUUCCCCCCCAAAAAGCCCAUGCCUCUGUGAUGCCUGGCCUGCCAGGGGAGAGGGGUGUGGG